AUAGGAAAUGCGAUGUAGAAUUGCACUAAGUUGGAUUUAAUUUCCUGCAAAAAUAAAUGGCAGCAUUGGUUACUAUUGAUCGCAAUGCGUUUAUAGGUUUUAUUUGGCUGGCAAGCUCGUGCAUACAACAGAUAUUUUAUCAGCCUGCAAACCGUAACUAUAGGCCGACUGACAUUUCUACGACGAGAAACAUUUCAAUUGUAGUCUAUCGGCAAUGAGUACAGAGGGGGAUCAGAGCGAGCAAUCGCCAAGACUGGAGGCCGUGAUUCAGAAGUUGGAGGAGUCUCUUUUGCACGCCGACAGCAGUGGGGAAGAAAUUAUGACAUUACGAGGUGAUGGGCUAGACUUUGCCGCGACGCCGGUUCCGGCUCGUAUCCGCCAGAUCAUCACCCGCAACCUGACUGAGGAAUCCACAGCCUCCAACAGUGGCACUCCGAGAGUUUCCCUGGAGAACGAGAACCAGCUUCUGAAGGACCUCCUGUCCCAGACCAGAAAAGACCGUGACCAGUUGCUCGUCAAACAGGCGGCCCUCACAGACAGGCUGGAGCGGAUGCUAGCCCUGCAGUCGCAGGACUCGGACGGAGACAGCGUGUCCUUGGAGCACCACAGGCUCCAGGCCGAGGAGAAGAUCUACAGGCACAAACUUCAGGCCUUCCAGGAGGGCCAGCAGAGACAGGCUCAGCUAGUCCAGAAACUGCAGAGCAAGGUGCUUCAGUACAAGAAAAGGUGUGGGGAACUGGAGGAGCAGGUGUUGGAGAAAACCUCUGAAUCUGAAAAGCUCAAACUCUCACUGCAGGCCUACUUGGACAGUUCUGCGAGCCGCCUGCGUCGGGCGGAGCAGGAACGCAGCUCGGACCUGCAGAGCAAGCUCUGUCAGCUGGAGGAGGAGCAGAAGAGGUGUGCCGGCCUCGCCCAGGUCAACGCCCUGCUCCGGGAGCAGCUGGAGCAGGCCGGCGUGGCAAACCAGGCGCUGACGGACAGCCUGCGGAAGGCCCGCGACGAGGCCGACCAGAAAGACGCCCGAAUGCGCCGGGAGCAGGAGACAUGCGCUUCCCGGCUGGGCCGCGAGCAGGCCCGUGUGCGGAUGCUUUGGCGCCAGGCUGCCUCCCUACGGAACGGCUUCACCCAGCUCCGCGCGGCCACUGACAGGAGUCUGGCGGACAUGCGGGUGGAGUGCGUUACCGUGAGCCGCCACCUCCACAUGGCGUGCACGAGCCUGGAGGCGGCCCAGCCACACCACAGCGCCCUCGGUGGACAGGAGGUGUCAGCGCUGGAGAAGCAGCUGCGAGAGAAGCUGAGGGAAGCCAUGCAGCUUCAGAGCCGCUGGGACUCGGAGAAAGUGGAACUCAACUCCAGGAUUUCGGAGCUGACGGACACGGUGCAGCAGCUGAGGGGGCAGAGCUGUGAGCAAGAGGAGGGCUUGGCCGCCAUGAAGACCAGUCUGGACAGGAUGGAUAUCUGCAGAGCUGAAGACCAAGCGGAGAUGGUGGCCCAGCGGAGGGAGAUUGACAGUCUCCAGCAGAUCCUUCACAGUGUCUCCCAGCUGGCUCGCAGUGACAGUGACAGCGGCACCUCUGAAGGUGUCACAGACGGGGCGGAGCCCUGCCUCCUCUCCCCUCCCCCCACGCCCUCCCCCGCCUCCAGCCGAGCCACUUCCCCCCGCCAUAGCCCCUCCCCCUCUCGCCGGGACAGCACCCUGCUGGCGGUGCAGAGCGCCCUCUCUCGACGGAGGCUGCAAGCGCAGGAGCUGCGCACACGCCUGGAUUCGGCCCAGGAGCAGGUGAGCGGCCUGCGGAGGCAGGUGCAGGAGGGGGAGGCGGAGAGGAGGCAGCUGGACCAGAGGGCCGAGGAGCUCCGGGAGGAGGCCGAGCUGACCCAGAGGGCCCUGGAGGAGAGCCGCAGGGAGGCGCAGAGGUAUCGCUCCUCCUUGGACGUCGUCGGCAGCGAGAAGGGGAGCCUGGAGAAUCUCAUCGCCAGCCUGAACCAGCAGAUCGACUCCCAGCAGGCCGAGCUGGAGGCCCUGAAGAGCUCCUGCCUGGAGCUCCAGCAGCAGCAGCACCUCCUGCAGGAGCAGCGCCAAGCCCUGGCCGGGGAGCUGGAGCGCGGGCGGGCGGAGGCCGAGAGGGGGCGGUGGUUCCAGGAGCAGCUGGAGGAGAAGCACUCAAACCUGCGGAAGGAGUUGGUCUCCACAAAGGAGGCCCUGAGUCAGGUGACUCUGCAGAAGGAGGUCCUGGAGGAUGAGAAGGGCAGCCUGACACAAGCCCUCAGCAAGGUUGAGUGCCAGAGCGCGGAGCGAGAACUGGCCCUGGCCAAGCUACAUAGCGAAGAGGCGGGGCUCCGCGACUCCCUGGCUAAGAUGGGGGCCCUGAGCGAGGGACUGGCCAGGGACAAGGUGGAGCUCAACCGCAUUCUGCUGCAGCUGGAGUCGGAGAAGGCGGAGCUGGGCGAGCGCAGGAGGGAGGCGGAGCUGGAGCGGGCGGCGGCUCGAGACGAGGCGGGCCGGCUGGAGCAGGAGCUGCUGGACCUGUGCGCCGAAAAGCGGGCCCUGGAGGCCUCCCAGAGUCACCUACAGGAGGCCCGCCUCGGUCUGGAGAGGGAACUGAGCCUGCUGAGGAGGGAGAAGGCCCAGGCCCUGGAGCAGCACGCGCAGGCGAGCAGACAGAGGCUGGCCCUGACGGAGCAGCUGGCUGCUAACCGGCGGGAGGUGGAGACCCAGGCGGCGGCCCUCCAGAGAGGGGCUCGGGAGAGAGAGGAGCUGGCCAAAGACAAGGCCAGCCUGGGGGUCCAGCUGACGGCAGCCGAGCGCAAAGCCAGGGGACUGGCCCAGGAGCUGGGUGUCCUCAGGGCGGAGAAGGAGUCCCUGGAGACGGCGCUGUUCGAGGGACAGGAGUUUGCCUCGGUGCUGGAUGGGGAGCGCAUGCAGCUGGAAGCCGAGCGGCAGACUCUGCUACGGGCCAACGAGGCCCUGACUCGUGAGGUGGCGCAGGUACGAGGGGAGGCGGAGCUCCAGGCCGCUCAGGCCAAUCGGGAAAGAGAGCAGCGGGAGAGCAGGCAGACCCAGGCGGACAGGGAGGCCCAGCUGACCCUGAGCAGCAGCGAGCGCGUCCACCAGGAGCAGCUGGAAGCCGAGCGGGAGGAAAAGGAGCAGCUGCGAGCGGAGCUGACUGCUCGGAGGGAGCAGCAGGAGCAGCAGCUGCGGCAGGAAUGCGAGGAGCUGCGCACGCGCGGGGAGGCCGACCGGCAGCGCCUGCAGGAGGAGCUGGCCCUGCUGCAGCUGGACCGCGAUGACAGCCUCCUCCAGGCCGAGAGCCACAAGCAGCAGGCCCUGUCCCUGAAGGAGGCAGAGAAGGCAGUGCUGACAGAGAAGCUGGCGGUCGCUCAGGAGGACCUGGCGGCGCUGGAAAUGGAGGUGGAGCGCACGCACAGGGAGGCCCUGAGUCGACAGGAGCAGGACAAGGACACCAUCUCAGGGCUGAACGAUGAGCUGCAGGACCUACGGUCGCGGUUCGAGGAGUCUCUGAGUUCCCACGAGUCCACGGUCCAAAGCCUGACCAAGCAGGCCAAGGAGCAGUCCGAGCAUAAAGAGGCAGCCCUCCAGGAGGUGGAACAGUUCCGGAGGGAGCUUCAGUCGACUGAAGAGAGCCGGGACUCUGGUCGCCGGGAGCUCAUCGAGGUGCACAGGGAGUUGAGGGACUGCAUGCAGGAGCGGGACCUGCGUCGCAAGGAGGUGCUGGACCUGCAGAGGGCGCUGUCCGACGAGACCCGCGAGAAAGAGGCCAUACAGCAGUCUAACCAGGACCUGAGGGCCUCGGUCAAGAGAGUGGAGAGUGAACGCAGCAGCCUGAGGCGAGCCCUGGAGGAGAAGGAGCAGAGGCUGGCGGUGUUGGAGGAGUGCAGGUCCUCCCUCCAGCAGGAGGCAGCAGAGCUGAGGGGCAGCCUGCGCGAGCUGGAGAAGUCCCGUCUGCAGGCACGCAGGGAGCUACAGGAACUGCGCAGACAGGUGAAGACGCUUGAGGGGGAGACGGCGCAGCGGGGCCAGGAGCUCCAGGACCUCCAGGCGCGGGUGUGUCAGGAGGAGCAGCGCGAGGAGGAGUCCCGUCGCGAGGCAUUCAGCCUCAAACAGAGGGUGCUGGAGAGCGAGGCUGGCCGGGAGGCCGCCCAGAAGGAGGUGGCGGGGCUGCAGCGGCGGGCGUCGGAGCUGGAAGAUGCCGAGCGGCAGCUGGUGGAGAAGCUUCGGGAGCAGGAGGCCGGGCGUCAGGAGGGCGAGCGGAAGCACAAGGAGGAGGUGGAGCGGCUGGAGGUGGCGGCGCAGGAAGCCAGGCUCCAGCAGAGGGAGCUGGGCCUGCAGCUGAGCCUGGCAGAGGGCCGGGCCCACGGCCUGGAGGAGCAGCUGGCCCUGGGAGAGGCCUCCGGCAGGGAGCUCCAACAGAGGCUCGCCGGCCUGUCGUCCGUGCUGCGGCGCACCCUGGGAAUCGGGCGAAACGGGCGCUCACAGACCCCUGGGUCCCGCGCACGCAGCCCCUCUCCCCUCCGGGGCCUGUCCCCAGCUAAGGGUGCUGACAGUAUGGAUGAGCGCAGCUCCACCCCAACCCACAGCGUGAGCAGGUCCCCCAUGCGCUCUCUGUCCCCCAUGCGCUCGCUGUCUCCCGUGCGCGGGGAGGACUGGGAACAGGAGCUGGACGCGGUGCAGACCGCCCUCCGUGACUUCCUGCAGGAGCUGAGGGACGCGCAGAGGGACAGGGACGAGGCCCAGGCGAAGGUGCUGAAUCUGUCCCGCCAGCAGGGGGAGCUCCAGAGCAUGCGAGAGAAGCUCAGCGGCCGCCUGCAGCAGCUGCAGAAGGCCGUCGCCGAGCUGGAGGAGGGGAAGCGGGAGGUGGAGGGGCGACUCGGUGGGGCACAGGCCUCCCUCUCCCUGCAGGAGGAGGCCACCAGGCGGGGAGAUAGGGAGAGACGGAGUCUGGGUGAGGAGCUGGCCAUGCUGAGGCGGAGCCUGCAGACGGCUGAGGGAGAGGUCAGGGCACUGCAGGAUAAGCUGGCGCGGGUGCAGUCCUCAGAGGGCCGGCUGGAGGCGGAGCGGAGGAGGCUGAAGGAGGCCCUGGAGGCGGCUGACGGGCGGGGCGCCCGGCUGGAGCUGUCCCUGCGCACCCUGGAGGGCGAGCUGCAGCGGGCGCGGACGGGCGCGGCCGAGCGGGAGGCGGAGGCCGCGGCACUGCAGGAGCGUCUGGCCGGCCUGAGGAGGGAGCUGGGGGAGAGCGAGGACCGGGCGGCCGCCCUGCGGGUCUCCACGGAGAGGCAGGGCGUGGCGCUGACCCGGGCCGAGGACGCCGAGAGCCAGCUGAGGGAGCGCGUGCAGAGCCUGUCCGCAUCACUAGGGGACGCGGGCGCUAACUCCGCCACCUUGCAGGAGCGCGUGGACCAGCUGCAGAAAGCCCUGACCACCUGCGAGCAGGACCGCAAGACGCUGCAGGAACAUCUGGACGUGGCACGAGAGAGCCUGUCGGAGUGUAAGAAGCAGAACCACAUGCUGGCGGAGAGGGUCCAGAACCUGCAGCGAGCCCAGGAGGAGGCUGAGCUCAGGGCCCGAGACCUGGAGAGCCAGACCAGGGCGCUGCAGGAGGCCUUGAGACAGAGGCAGAGCGAGGAGCUGGAGGCCUCUCGGAAGCUGGAGGAGGAGCGGAGCGGCCUGCAGGAGAAGCUGUGCAGCCUGCAGGGCGCCCUGGAGAAGCAGGAGGGUGAGAGGAACGAGCUGGAGCGGGAGCUGGCCAAGAUGGGCAAAGACAAGGGCUCCCUGCGGAGAGCCCUGGAUAAGGUGGAGCUGGAGAAGCUGAGGCAGGAGGAGCAGGCGGUCAGCUCGGGCCGUGAGAGGGAGGAGCUGGAGCAGACCGUGAGCAGCCUGGAGCAGGAGCUGAGCCUACUGCAGGCCGAGGUGCAGCAGCUGCAGGCCGUGAUCACCCAGCUGGAGCGGGCCCACGCGCAGCGCCUCCUGGAGAUGACGUCACGGCACCGUCAGGAGAUGGAGCUGGAGACGGAGCGGCUGCGGGGGACGCAGCAGCAGGCCGAGCGGGCCCUGGAGUCCCGUGAGAGAGCCCACCGGCAGAGGGUCAAGUGCCUGGAAGAACAGGUGUGCACACUCAAAGAGCAGCUGGAGCAGGAGAUGAGGAGGAGGCAAGCCUACGUCAACCAGAUGCUCCGCCCAGGGAUGUAGCCCCAACCACACCCGGAACUUUCCGCCACCGUGUGUUGCGAGUCACCGCCCCGUCUCACACGUGUGAAUCGAUGAGAUCGGCCUCCCUGGAAUCGCUGUAUAGCUCUCUAAGCAGCUUCGACGGCAAAGAAGGAAAACCCAAGGAAUCUCUGGGAACACUGAGGCAACACACGUACAACUGGAUUUCACUAAUCUGCGAGAAAACAAGAAACAAUGAAAGUGCUGUUUCAUAGCGCAUUGCCGGGGCAGAUUGUCUGAAGGAUUAUAAAGAAACCAUUACCGUAGCCGGUUAUCUGUCUGCUAGUUAUGUCAUGUUUUUCAGGAGAGUACAAUGUGAAGAUCUCCAUCUUCUUUCGAUUCCACCACCAGUCUGUUUUCACAUGUGAGAUGUGGAACUUUGAGAGAUAGAUUUAGUUCUGAAAAGUAGGCCUGUGUUCAAUGUAAUAUCUAUGUGCCUUGUCCUAAACUAUGACUUUCACAAAAAUUCACCUUGAGUAUUUUUAUUCUUGUAUUUCUUACACAAGUUUUAAUUAAUUUCAGUGAUAUUAAAACCAUUUUUGUGUCUGAAAAUUUCAGAGAUGUGUUAUUCAAGAUGAAGGAUUGUGAAGUCAGUAUUUAUCCUAAAUUCCUGUGAAUGAAAAUAUGCUGAAUAAAUAAAAGUAUACAAAUGAUUUACUGUAUAUUGAAACAAAUAUUGAUGUUAAUUUAAAUCAAUGAAGAAAUGAUCUGCUGGUAAACUACCAUUGUUAUUAAUAAUUUUUUGUGAAUGUUAGUUAUUACACAAUACUGAUUGAGCAAUUCACUGUGAAAACAAUAUUCGAUACAAUACAUUUGUGACUGGUGAUCUAUUGCUUUGCGUGUUGAAAAAUAAAUGCAUUUACCCAAAA